ACUUCCGGGAACCUCCUCUGCUCCCUGUGUGUGUGUCUGAGGCGGAAGCGGGCCUGGUGAAGUGGGCGAAAAAGAGAGAAGCAUAAGCCGGUGUCAGAAUGGCAGGAGCUGACGGAGACGACUCGUUAUAUCCUAUCGCGGUUCUCAUCGACGAGCUGAGGAAUGAGGAUGUGCAGCUGCGUCUUAACAGCAUUAAGAAGUUGUCUACUAUAGCCCUGGCUUUGGGGGUGGAAAGAACUAGAACAGAAUUGCUGCCAUUCCUUACUGACACUAUAUACGAUGAAGAUGAAGUACUUCUGGCCCUCGCUGAGCAGCUGGGAAGCUUUACUACUCUGGUUGGUGGACCGGAAUUUGUCCACUGUCUUCUUCCUCCAUUGGAAAGCUUGGCAACUGUUGAAGAGACAGUAGUUCGUGACAAGGCAGUGGAUUCCUUGAGGAAGAUCUCUCAUGAACAUUCUCCUGUUGACCUCGAAGCUCAUUUUGUGCCACUAGUGAAACGUCUAGCCAGUGGAGACUGGUUCACAUCACGUACAUCAGCUUGUGGGCUCUUCAGUGUAUGCUAUCCAAGAGUUUCUAGUACUGUCAAGAUGGAAAUCAGGCAACACUUCCGCAAUCUGUGCUCUGAUGACACUCCAAUGGUACGACGUGCUGCUGCUUCAAAGCUUGGUGAAUUUGCUAAAGUACUUGAACUGGAGUAUGUGAAAAAUGAUAUCAUUCCACUCUUUACCAACCUAGCCUCGGAUGAGCAGGACUCUGUGAGACUAUUGGCCGUUGAAGCCUGUGUUAGCAUUGCUCAGCUUCUUCCAGAAGAGGAUCUUGAAGCUCUGGUGAUGCCUACUCUUCGACAAGCAACUGAAGAUAAAUCUUGGCGUGUCCGCUACAUGGUGGCUGACAAAUUUUCUGAGCUCCAGAAAGCUGUUGGGCCAGAGAUUACAAAGAAUGACCUUGUUCCCGCAUUCCAGAAUCUAUUGAAAGAUUGUGAAGCAGAGGUUAGAGCUGCAGGAGCGCACAAAGUAAAAGAAUUUUGUGAGAAUUUGCCCUCUGAUGGAAGAGAAACGAUAAUCAUGAACAACAUUUUACCCUAUGUAAAGGAACUGGUAUCUGAUACAAACCAGCAUGUGAAGUCUGCACUGGCCUCUGUAAUCAUGGGAUUAUCCACAAUUUUAGGCAAGGAAAAUACAAUUGAACACCUCUUGCCUCUCUUCUUGGCUCAGUUGAAAGAUGAGUGCCCAGAAGUACGGCUGAAUAUUAUAUCUAACCUAGACUGCGUGAAUGAAGUGAUUGGAAUACGGCAGCUUUCUCAGUCCCUCUUACCAGCCAUUGUUGAGCUGGCAGAGGACACCAAAUGGAGGGUGCGGCUGGCAAUCAUUGAGUACAUGCCUCUCCUUGCUGGUCAGUUGGGUGUUGAGUUUUUUGAUGAAAAGCUGAAUUCUUUGUGCAUGGCUUGGCUUGUUGACCAUGUUUAUGCCAUUCGAGAAGCAGCAACAAAUAAUCUUAUGAAGUUGGUGGAAAAAUUUGGUGCUGAGUGGGCCCAAAAUACCAUUGUGCCAAAAGUUCUGGCCAUGGCAAAUGAUCCAAACUACUUGCAUCGAAUGACAACGCUUUUUUGUGUCAAUGCCCUGUCUGAAGCAUGUGGCAAGGAGAUCACCACCAAGUUGAUGCUUCCUAUUGUAUUAAAGAUGGCAGCUGACCAAGUAGCUAAUGUUCGCUUCAAUGUGGCUAAAUCACUACAAAGGAUAGGACCAGUCCUGGAAAGCAACACAUUGCAGUCUGAUGUAAAGCCUGUACUUCAGAAGUUGGGUCAGGAUGAGGAUAUGGAUGUGAAAUAUUUUGCACAGGAAGCAAUAACUGUUCUUGCUUUGGCAUAAGAGGAUGCCAGGACCAUGCCCCCACCCCACUAUUUGUUGAGUGUGUAGUAGAAUGAUUGUUUUGGAACCGCAGAACAACCUGUCAAGACCUCAAGGAUACGAUACGGCAACUACUGUUGGAAGACCACAUUCUCUGAACAUGUGCCUCUUCUAAAAGACUUUUUUUUCCCCCCCUUUUAAACUAUUUUAUUUAUACAUUUCCAGUUUCAUGUAUUCUUGGCAUUUCUACUGCAGAAGUCUUAUUUGUUACUGGUGGUGGUUGGUGUACUAACACAGCGUUAGUGGUUCAAUGGCAGAAACGUGGUCAGAUCCCUGUUUCAGUUGAGAUUUUUUUUAUUUUUUUUUUCUGAGGCAAUAUGAGGGCUGAUCUAGAUUUAAAAUUUGGAUCCAAGAGGUCUUUAGAGGUCAGUCAAAUCUGUAUUUGGAAAGAUGACUGCUAGUCGGUCAUGGAUCAAUUUAAUGAAAAACAAAAUAUGCUUUUUUAUAAAUCAUAGAAAUGGCUUACUAUUUCUUCAGUGUCUUGAACAGACUUGGUAAUCUGCAGAGUACAUUUUUAGAAUUUCUUCAGUAUUUUAUCAGUUGAUGAGCAUCUGCAUCAAAUGCAUUUUCUAGAUCCCGGUCAGGAAUCCACUGUCACAUAAUAAAUUUAAGGCAGCUUCAGUUUCCCCAAAUCAGUAGGUAAUAUAAUGUAGAAGAUAUUGUUCUGCUGCAGACAUCUUAUCUAUUCCUUCCAACUUGGGGUGCAGAUCGCUGGCUGCCUCAUAGAUUUCACCUGCAGAGUCGCCCAAAAAAGUACUCUGGAAUGAGUAAAACCUGUUAGUGCUUCUGCCAACAUGGUGGAACCGUUUGUAAAUUGAAGCGUCUAAUAGGCCAGAAUUAAAUUGUGGCUGGUGCUGUAGAAGGAAUAAAGCUGCCGUCAGACUGGUAAAAGCAUUGGUGUAUUUUGCAUACUUUAUCUGAGGUUUUGGCUAUUCUAAUUGGAAGGAAGGGACAUUGUAGAGGAAUGAAAAUUAGAAGUGUUGGUAAUAUCGUUUAAUAACAUGACCCUGUGUCUCAACAUUGCUACGGAAAGGGGGUAACUGUGAACACCAUAAAGCUUAACUGCAUAACAAAUGUGAGCACAGGAUAUUGAUUACUUGUUAAGAGUAUUGUUCAUGACCUAGCUUUUUAGAUUAGUCUUGACUGUCUUUUAAAAGAAAUGGGGCUGUUACAUACAACUUCCACUAAACCUGUAACUUAUUUUGAAGACUACACAAGUUCCUCCUGUUACCUCCUUCCCUUUUUUUAACUUUUAAUUUCUAAAGUCACUGGAAUGAAAUGCAAUGGUUAAUCCUUGUGCGUAUCUGGCAUGAUGCGGGUGUUUGCUUACAGACAGAAGAGCAUCUAUUGUGUUAAAAAUCCUGACUCCUUGAUGGCAUUCCUUGUGUGUUUUGAGCUGGUUCGCUUUGCAUCACAUUGCCUGAACAAAUGUCACUCCUGUUUUUAAAAUUAAAUAUUUCUCUGCAGGCAAUGAGCGUGCACCUCAAUCAUCUCAGAAGAGCAUUUUAUUAAAGUGUAAAGUUGAACUGAUCUGUCUUGUUUUGGGUCCCUCUUUUAAGGGAUAGCUCGAUGUUGACUGUAGAAAUUGUAAUGUAAGUGGUUGACAAAAAGGAAAUAAACAAUUACCAUUCAAUAUG